CUUAGGCUAGGUACCUAGGUACUUAGGUACUUAUCUGGCAAUGACCCGUCCCAGCCUUGAAACCCGGUCUGCAAACCGAUCAAUCAAAUUACCUAAAUCUUCCUUGAGUUACGCAAGGCUGCGCUAUCAGGCUGUUCGUUCGCGUCCAGCCAGCAUUUCCAACAUCCAAUCCUUGUCGCUUCUUCAGACUUCACAUAUUUACUUCCUAACCAACAACAAACACUCCAUCGUUAUCGCAUCGACUUUCGACUUUCGGGAUCGCAAUUCAACUCGUUUCAUGGUACUACGUAUGGAACGACCUACACGCUUACCCUGUCCUCCACGGUAAAAACGACUGCAAUGAGUUGAUAGCAUAACGGCUUCGACGUAGCGGGAAACCGAGUAGCUUGGCCAUCGUGGAUAAUACGACUAAGGUGUCGGUAGCGCUAUCAUGGCGAACCCGUAUAAUGGCGACCAGAACGGCCAGAAUGGCAUGGUGCCUCAUUUCGACCAACAAGCCUAUCCGCAAGCCAGUCCCGAUGUCCUCCAGCGACAGAAUGGCUCGAGACCCUUCACGUUAAAUGAGGCCCUUCCUUAUACGCCAUUCACCUCGGUCUUUCCGUUUGAACCAGAUAUUAUCAGCAAUCCUACUAUCGGAUCCGGCCCGUUCGCACCGUCCCUUACCCGCCUGGUCUCGAGAGAAGAUUACGAUGCCUUAAACCAGGAGGCCGAGAAUUCUGGCCAUUCUAAACGUAUCGAGGGAAGCCUUGAGUUUGUGCAGAACCUUCUCAAGGCCGAUAAGAUCACGAAAUUUCAAUUCAAGUCUGCGCCGAAAGCUACCUCUCUAGUCAAGCGAUCGUCCCAAAGUCUGGCCGAUGGCAUGUCCCCCUUUGCGAAGAUGGUUUAUGAUAAUACGUCUAUAUCCUUCCACUGCUCUACUACCGAAACCCCCAACAUCUCAACACCCAAUGGCCACAACAUGUCGCCACGGAUCGCCAAGAAAUCGCCCAAGGCGCGUAGACAAGAACCGCCUAAGGUUGUUAAGCACAAUCCAGCUACUUUAAAUGCGCAGGCGGUUGCUCACAAUAAAUCUCGGAUCGAGGUCCAUCUUCCUACACGAAAGGAACUGGACGCAGCCGCGUCUAUGUAUACACCAACAAGACCGCCUGUUCCGCCUCACUCCUCUGCAACGCAAGCUCAGUCCCAGACAGUUUCACUUGCGGAUAUAAUGGUGACGCCAAAGAUACCAACUCCCUCGGCCUCGCAAGUCCCACAAGUGGCUUCUCCAUCAGUAACCAAAGUGAAAUCCGAAACACCCCAGCCAACGCAUGCCGCUCUGGAAACCCCCGAACCGCUAGAAAUUUCUGGGCAUUCGUCUUCUGUAAUGGGCCAAAGCCUACACGGCUCAUUAUCAAGCUCCUCUAAGCAGGGUAAAAUUAGUAUUGAAAUACCCGCAGCGAGCUUUAAUAAAAACGAAUUUGCAGUGGUCCCUGAUUCGCCAGAUACCCCUGCUCAUUUGUCAGCGAAGAGGAAGCACACUUCUCAUGAAGAACUCGAAGACCCCCUCGGGGGUGAGCUCAACCAGCGUGAACUCGCCAAUGCCGCGUUUGCAGAUCUGCGUAGAUGCUUCCAAGAGAUAUUUACUGCCGAGGAUCACCUGUCAAAUCAGUACGCAUCGCAUUUAGUAAUAUUGACGAAUGAGCAGGAACCUACUAUGACGAUAGCUGCACAUGAUAAAGCUCAAAGGCAGAUAAAUAGAGCCAUUGACCUUGGGUGUUUCCGCCAGGCCCCCCUAGAUGACCUUCUCCGAAUCCAAAGUUUAAGCGAGGGUUCUUUGAAGCAUGCCGAUACGCUUGAAUUCAAACUGGAUGAGGCAUGGGGUGAAACCGAUGUUGGCUUUUGGGUCCAGCAGCUUCACGAUAUCGAAAUGGGCCUUAAAGCUGCUCGUACGUCAUUCCGCAUUAUGUGUGGCGGUCGAGAGGAAAAGCAACUGUACUCCGAAGACUUGAUUCAACAAGGCCUAAAUCUAUUCAGAAAUGUUAUAGAGGACAUAAUCAUCCCUACGGCUGAGCUACGGAGCACCGGUCCGACGAGUAACUUAUUUCGCCUCCUUACGAUACAUAAGAAGGCCAUUAGUACUCUAUUCACGACCUGCCAAAAGGUCUUUUCCCUAAUGUCAGACCUCAUAGCCAGCAUUGACCUCUCUGAAACCGUCGUGCAUACUCUCGAGUUCGUGGCAUCGCGUCUCAUUUUCGUUGAGAACGCGCAUACGGAGAAAGAUUCGGUCGUCGGGGUCCAAAAGUUUGACACGCUUCGUUUGGUAGCUAUGAAUGUUUUAUCGCAGAUAUUCCUCAUGAAUCCCUCCCAGAGGGAAGGCAUCUUCAAUGAAAUUUUGACGUCCCUUGAGAAGCUACCUAUCGGUAAGCAAAGUGCAAGGCAGUUCAAGCUUUCAGAAGGGAAAAGUAUCCAGCCUGUCUCGGCCCUGAUCAUGCGACUAAUCCAAGCAAGUGCCGGGAAGGUGGAUGAUCGCAAAGAGAAGCUUCGCGGCCGGAUGAUGCAGACCAUAGCAGAAGAUGAGGGGAAUAGCGACCCCGUCUCUUCCGCUGAAGGUAUUAAUGGGAAGGCUGAGACUACAUAUGCGAUCAAGACGGAAGCAUCUGCAGCAGUUCAGCACUCGACAGCUAUCCAGGAGCUUCAGGCUCUUGCAAAACCCCUGACCGAUGGCGCUUACCGCAAUGCUACGUAUGUCGUCAACUUCAUUGUGAAGCGGGCGCUAAGAUCGACCAAGUCGGGAGACACCCCGUAUCGAAAUUUACUAGAUCUGUUUAUAGAAGACUUCACUACAUGUCUAGAUUCCCCGGAUUGGCCCGCGGCAGAGCUGUUGCUGCGGCUUACGAUGUACAUGAUGUUCCAGCAGAUGGACGGCGAUAAAAAUGCGGCGCCGGCGAGGAACAUGGCAUUAGAACUCCUGGGCGUUAUGGCCGCGGCCAUAACAAAGUUACGAUCCCACGUCAGGAAGACCGCCACCAAUUUCGAAGGCAGCGACUCGGACGAACUGGGACGAUGGCUUGCUGAUCUAGCUCUAAAUGUCUUAGAGGGUAACAAGUCGAUGGAAAAGACGGUCGGCUGGCUAGGGCCGUAUCGCGUCGUCUUAGAAUAUCUGCAAGAUCGUCUAAGCGACGAUCCCUAUCUUAAAGGAGCUAUAUCAUAUCUGAUAACGGAUUGGGGGUCACAAGUCAGCCUCGGGUACGAUUCCGCCGAAGGUGAAGAUUCGGAGGAACGAGACCGUGAAUUUGGGAGGAUUGCAUUUCGCCUCCGUAAUAUGAUUGAGGAUCCGAAAUGGCUCUCUCGGGAGUAUAGCUUCAAAUCCGUGGUCUCCAAUUACGCAAAGCUCUCCCACUCGAUCAUCUUGCUCAGAUCGAGUUUCUGUGCGUCAUUCAAAAAUAUCCUGAACAUACUCAUGGGAUCCAUGACUACAGAUCAGGCAACUGUGCGUAGCCGUAGUCUCAAGAGCGUUAAUCACGUGCUUGACACCGAUCCUACCAUCCUUGACGGCGACGGCGCUUUCAUCGAGCUCAUCCUCCAAUGCUCUAACGAUCCUUCACCUCAAGUGCGCGAUUCAGCUCUUGGCCUUAUAGGAAAAUGCAUGAGCAUGCGCCCUAGGUUGGAGGAGAGGAUGACUCCAACGGUAAUACAACGAUUCCACGAUUCUGGGAUUGGCGUGCGGAAGCGAGCAAUGAAGUUGGCUAAGGACAUAUACUUAGGGAACGAUAGCAAGGCAGUUAGGAGCAAGAUUGCGUAUGAAUUGUUAAUCCGUACGCAAGAUCCAGACGAGGGUGUACGAGAGCUCGCCAGACAGAUGAUAGAAGAAGUUUGGAUUUCGCCUUUCUAUAAGGAUGACGACUCGGUAGCCUUCAAGCAAUCUCUCACCGAUCAUGUCGCCCUCAUGGUCCAGACUGUUAAGCAUGGAAACACCGCACUCAUUCUUGAUAAGCUCUUUCAGGCAAUACUAUCGCCCGACUCCAAACUUGUUGAAGCUAAUGUCAGAGUUUGCGCAAGACUUGUUGCAAACUUGGUUGACCUUAUCAACAAUCCCGAAUCGGAUGAUCCAUCAAUUCCAUCCAGUAGAGACGCCUUCCAGGUUCUCAUGAUAUUCGCAAGAGCGGACCCGAAGCUAUUUACCUUUGAGCAGAUCCGACAAUUAGAGCCUCAUGUCGCUAGCGUUAGUACCAGUGAAGACCUAGCAGUUUCGAGAGCCGUUGUUGUCAUAUAUCGCCGUGUACUACCACAGGUAUCCAGCGUGCAUUCGAAAUUCCUUUCCGAUGUUCGCAAGGUUCUUAUGCCUGCUACCUCUAAAGUAACUAGAGUACUCCUUGACGACGUUGUAGCUUGUAUAUGGAUCAUUAGCGAACUUCUCCAGUCAUCCGAAAACCUCGCGCGCCUAGUACUAUCAUGCCUUAAAGGUAUUCAACUAUUAAAUAAGAAGGGGCCACUUGACCAAACAAAGAUCAGACAGUUUGACCGAUAUUCUCUUAUCGUUGGGAUGGUCGGUAAACAUUGCAACCUAGAUAGCCACGUGGACCGUUUCAGGUCCGAUUCUAGUCUGCCAAAGUGGAAGGGCUCCGUGUCGAAACUCAUGGUAGACGUUCUCGUCCCUUUUGCAAACCCCUCGCACCCAGCAACUGUGAGACGGCCAGCAUUAGAUGCUAUUGGGCUAAUCUGCCAGACCAACCCUAGGAACUAUGUUGCUGCUAAUGUCUAUACAACAUUCCAGCAGGCCUUCGACGAGCGUAUCCCUGUUUUAGAGACGAUGGUUCUCCGAUCUUUCAAGGAAUUUCUCCUAAUAGAAGAACAGCGGUCUGAGCAAGCGGCCUCAUCAGCAGCUACCGGCAAAGAGUCCAUUAAGAAAGACUUGAAGGUUAUGGGUAGUACUAGCUUUGAUGAUGUGGCGAGCGCGACCACGCAGCGGUUCCUCAAGGACAUUACUCGCAUUACUCUAUCGACCUAUGAUGACCACGCCUUCCUAGCUAUGGAGGUGUUGGCAAGUAUUAAUCGACAAGGUUUAGUGCACCCGAAGGAGACCGGUGUUACCCUCAUUACACUUGAGACUUGCCCAGUGUCUAGAAUUUCAGAGCUCGCAUACCACGAGCACAGAGCGCUUCACGAAAAAUACGAGAGCGUGCUUGAAAGGGAGUAUGCAAAAGCCAUACACUCAGCCUUCCAGUACCAACGUGACGUCGUCGGGGACCCGCGAGGUGCGACCAAGGAUUCGUUGACGCCGAAACUUCAUCUUCUCACCGAAGUACUAAAGAUCAGCAAAUCCAAAAAUCGCGUUAAAUUCCUUGAGAAGCUUGUUGGGCAAGUCGAUUUUGAUCCAUCAAAGCUUCCCACAGAUCAGGCAUUGUCACCGCACGUCGAGUUCUCUCGCUUUAUAGUUGAGAAUAUUGCUUUCUUCGAGUUCGUCACUGUCGGCGAGCUACAGGCUACAAUUACUGCCAUGGAGAAGAUGGUAACUGCAAUAGGAUCUGGUAUUGCCCAAGCUAUCGAGUCCGAAAUCUUCCAGGUACGCAUAGACCAAGCCUCUAUCUCCCAGGAACCCGUUGGUGGCGGGGAACAGCCAGCGGCCCCUGCGCCACCUCCCGUUGAUCAGCAACGGCUUUGCCAGUUAGCAGCUGGCUCGACUAUCCUCCUUAUUCUUUGGGAGGUACGCACUCAUCUACGUCGGUUAUACGGGCUGGGCUCCAAUCGACGCGAGAAUAAUAAAGGAAAGGGUGCCCCGAAAGAUCUUACUAAGACCCCAAUAAAAGCUCCAGGGGUUACCGGAGACAAAGUCUGGGAUGACCUCUCCAGGAUCAUGUCUGCAUUGGAUACGCCGGAACGCAUGAUGGAGCAGUGCAGGGCGUUUGUGGAACUUCUAAACGUCGACAGCGAAGUCAAAGUCCCUGAUGAAGAAGAGUUUGACCUUGAGGGUGAGUCAAUACUUACGGAUGCCGAAGGUGAAGAAGACGCGGUCGAUGUUGACCCCCGCGGUCGAAAGAGAAAGGCGGGAGCCGCUCCUGGAGGACGAAAGAAGCGAGUGCGGUCCAAUUCAAAGCCCAGACCCCGAGGCCGGCCUAGAAAACAGAGCAUGGAGGCGGUGGAGGCGGACUUAGGUACCGACAUGGAAUGGAUUUGACGAAGAUCAUCGACCUCAGAGUUUUCCACGGUAUAAACAUAAUGUUCAAUUCUCUAUUAUACCCUCGCAACUAUACAUAUCCACGGACAACCAUCCCCGUAUACACAAAGAGAUAGAGGGUGGGAAGUGCUACAUUACCGCACAGCAUGAAGGGUACAUUUAUGAGCAUGAAACCUGGCGUUUAGAGAGCGAAAAAAGGGGGUAUCCAAU